AUGGAGCAAGACGGACGAACCGAAGUCGUCGCGUACGUCACAAACUCUAACAUGGAUACCGAAGCGGGCUUUACGCACGACACUGGAUAUCGGCCCUCACCACCCAUUCCAUCGGUAGACUUUUCGAAGCUAGAGAAUGACGAAGACCCGAACUGGAGGUAUCAAGCCGAAAUGCCACACGCCGAGUUCAGAAAGGCAACGAAGAGAGUUCAGUUCUACUUCCCUCGAGAAGCUAAAAGCCCAGCGUAUCUUGCCGAUGAGGUAGUUUGCUUUUCCGAUGGGGAAAACUUUACGAAUUCAUCUGUCGCGUUUGUCGCAGACAUGUUCCCGUUGAUGGUCGAGUCGUUCAAAGAAAAGGGCGAGGGGCCCUUCUGGUACCCGACGCUACUGCUGAACCUGGAUGUUAAGAAGUCGCUGCCACCAGAAGGAGUCAAGUGGCUGCAAGUUAGGGUUGAGAUGAAGAAGAUGCAGAAAGGCAGGAUGGACCUAGAGGUGUUUGUGCAUGAUCCUGCGGGCGACCUGGUGGCCUUGAGCCAUCACGUGGGAUUCGUGGUAGAUGCGAGUAGGAACACGGCAGCAAGGAAGACGGGAAACCCUAAGAUAUAG